UUUUCACGUUGACUUUAUUCUUUUCUGGAAAAUUUAUAGAAGUGUCUAUCGAUAAUCUGUGGGAAAGUGGGGUGUGUGUGCGAUGUCCCUCCCUCAAUUCGGAUACAACUACCCUAACACAACUUUGUCUUCUCCGUCACAGAUUCUAAUGUCGACCCCCACCACUUCUACGCUAUCCUCCGUAACCACGUCCUGCUGUGAGAACGGACGUCCCAUAAUGACCGACCCCCACACCGGUCAGACGGUAUGCUCCUGUCAAUAUGGAUCCGGGCUCCUCAGUGCCUACUCCCGGGUCCCUUCGCUCACCGAUUCAGUCUACAGUGCUGGACCCUACGGUUCACAGAGCUACAUGCCCCUGGGGACAGACCCUUCAGCGUUUUAUUCCCCAUUGAAUUCUCCAUAUGACCUCAAGGACGGUUCGGAUGCUGCUUGGCGGAGCCUUUCUCAGCCGUCUGCCUGUUAUCCUUAUGAUCCCGCCAUGGCGGCAUAUCCUUACGGAAAUGCUUAUGGCGGAAUGGAUCUGAACGGAGCCGCCAGACGAAAGAACGCCACAAGAGAGACAACAAAUACGUUAAAAGCUUGGCUCUAUGAGCACCGAAAAAACCCUUACCCCACAAAGGGGGAGAAAAUAAUGCUGGCCAUUAUCACCAAAAUGACGUUAACCCAAGUCAGUACCUGGUUCGCAAAUGCUAGACGACGACUUAAAAAAGAGAAUAAAAUGACUUGGUCUCCAAGAAACCGAUGUGGGGAUGGUGACGAUGAAAACAGCAAUGACAAAGCCGACGACGAUGACGAAGAUGAGAAAAGAAAGACAGACGAAAAUAGCAACGAUCCCAUAAAACCUAAUGAAGAAAAGGACAGUUUUGAUAUUUUGAAAGUGAAAAAUGACCAGGAUGCAGUUAUUGAGGAUAAUUCAGUCUUUGGCGAUAAAAAUAGCAUGAUGAGCACACUGACACCUAUUGGGGUAGUAGACAGUAUGCCAGCCCCCUCGAUGUCUACCACAGAGCUUAAACCACCAAUAAUGGACCAUAAACGUCUAGAAUCCCCGUGUUCUAACAGCAGUGACUCUGGUCUCAGUGACAUAAACACUUCUCUAACCUUGAAUGCUUCCAAUAUGGAUGGAGGUGAUGGUCUAAGACCCCGGAUAUGGUCUCUUGCGCAUGUUGCGACCUCUAAUACUGGAUGCACAAAUACUACCUCCCAAGUAUCGAACGGAAAAGACCAAAACCUUCCUUUAAAUUUCUCAAAAUUAGGUUCCCCUUCUAUGCCAUCUUCUGCAUCGACUAUGAGACCAUGGAUGGACAAUACGUUUUCUAUAGGUUCGUCAAUGUUUUCUACAAGUUCUUCUCCAGGUUACACUAACCUCAGUGCCAACAAUGGGGGUGGAAUGCUUGAUAAAAGUUCGCCUUUGUCUGGACUAUCUGGAUCCGGAUUUAACGGACUUUCAUCCGCCGGAAGUUCUCCGAUUCUUCGUCCCUAUCCCUCACUAUCAAACCUAUACUCACCGGCCCGUGACGUUGGAACAAGGGGUAACGAAAGACUGACAAACCCAAUUGGGUAAUUAGAAUUUUGUUUAUCUACGACUUUCAAAUGUAUAGCAAAAUUUCAAGAUGUUUGUAUAAAGAUGUACAACGAACUUUAGAAAGAACAUGCACAUUGAUUCAUUUUAUUCAUUUAUCAGAAAGUGUAGUUACUGUAUUUCUUAUGAAAAGAACUAACAUUGAUUUUUAUUACUCAAGAUGUAAUUUAUUAUGUUGGAUUACUUAUAAUUCGUUCAUCUCGGAAUAUCUUCAGAGAAGAUGCACCGACCAUAUCGUAUUAGGAUUCCUUUUGGGGACUAUCUUCUGGAAUCCGCGGAUGUUUCUUGAUGCAGCUGUCGUGAUAAGUUCAAAUUCUUCCGUGCUGUGAGACAUUUGGAGGGCGCUUAAGGACAAUGUGCGAUCCUAUCCAGUGCUUGGUGCAGACAAGGGUUUUCCUAACAAGGUUAAUAUGACUACGAAGGGAUUAAUAAAGACUGCGAUUAUUCUGAAGUGCUAAAUAUUCCACCAAGUGCUAUGAGCCAAGUGUUGUUUAUACUGAGUUGAUGCUAUCCGACAGGAAAAUUAGUCAGAAAUUGACAUUGGGAAUCUGGGUAACGUGUUUAUAUUUAUGUCUAAUCGUGUGUUGACAUUGGUCAUUGAGGGGGGGAUAUUGCCUCGUUGGAUUCUUUCACCCAGAUAGGGUCGGGCUCGGGCUCCACUUCAGAUCUCAAGUAGUCCGAUGUGGGAAUUAAUGCGCCAUCAGUCUUUUUACCUAUUGCGCUUUAAUUGAACUGAAGAGUGCUGUCACCUUCGACUUGAAAAAUGAGUUUGUUGAACAGAAACAAUGAUAAUACAAGAGCUUCGAGGCAAUAUUUAUUGAGAAAAAUGUAUGAUACGUUCUUUCAUGAUUCCUACCGUGUUUUACCACAAAUGUAUGCAUUGCAAGAAAAAGGUCAUGAAUAGGUCUUGUAAAUAUUACAUUAGUAACACACGACACAAAUUACUACAAAUUAUGAAAUUUUCUGCAAACUUAACAUGAUGUACAGAUUCUUUAAUAUGUGUCUCUACAUAACAAAACUAUUUUCUUUUUUAAUGUAUCCUUGUUUAACAAGGUACAUGGAAAUAGAUUUAUAUGAUGAAGA